AUGAAGUGUUUCUCAUUAACAAGUUAUGCUAUAACCUCUCAUUAUGACGUAUUGAUUGUGCCACUGCUUCGUCGUAUGAUACAUCUGGAAAAGUUAACUUUGUAUCUUCGUAUCAAUGCUAGAUUAUCAUUGUACCACGGCACAAGUGGUCUCUUCAAUGAUACGAAUCCAUAUGUCGAUGGGACACAUCUUCAUAAUAAUGUCCUUGUUUAUAUGCCUCAACUUCAUUCAUGCAAAUUUUAUAUAAGUACAGAAAAUGUCGUUACUGAUUUAAUUCAUCGUAAAUCUACUGAUGAUAUUCAACAAAUAUUUACACACAGAAUAUAUGGACAAACAGCUUUUAUAAAAUGGCCGUCGGCUCUGCUUAAAAAACCUUGUGCUAAAUGUAACAAAGGCAGAGGUGUUACUACAUGUGAUGGUUGUCAACAAUCAUUUUGUAUUAAACGUAUUAUUGAAUAUCGACAAGAACUGGCAACACAAUUGGAUAAUAUUGGACAAGAACAUGAUCUUUUUCGACAUGAUCUAACACAAGAGAAUUUAAUACAUUCUCUAUUAGUACGUAUCAAUGAAUGGGAACAAGAAUCAAUUACUAAGAUUCAAGUAGUAGCCGAAGCAGCUCGUGCUGAUCUUCGACAAUUACUCGAUCAAACAGGAAAUGAACUGAAGGUAUCUGUAGAUAAAAUGAUCAAUGAAAUGCAGUCAUGUCGAGAAUUGAAUGAUUACACUGAAACUGAAACACAAUUGACUAUUGAAAUUGUAGAGAAUGAAAAUACAUCAACUUCUAUACCUAUGAUCAAAAUACCUACACUUACUCAUGAAAAAUUUCGUAACUUUGUAGAAAGAAUAGUUCUAUCCAAAGAUGGUCUUAUGGCAACAUGCUUAGAUACUUAUUGGGAUGGCUCUAAUGUGUAUGGUAUUCGUCUUUAUUCAUCUGAAACACAUCAAAUUCAUUUUCGAAUCGAAAAUAAAACUAGUCAUAAUCUUUUCUUCGAUAUCAAGACAACAUCGUACGACAUGCCUGUACAAAAUUUAACUUCACCAUAUACUUACGAUUGGUGGGAGCUUGAUCAAGCUAUUGAAAUAACAAUGACAUUGGAUUGUGGUAAUAGACAAAUUCGAUUUGAACAUCAUCGAAUCAAUCUUAUAACUCAUUUAUCUGUGGACCUUGAAAAAUGUCCUUUUCCAUGGAAAAUACUUGUCACAUUACGAUCAACUGAUGAUAGUGUUCGUAUUCUUUUAUGA